AUGAGCUUCCAGGCCACACCCACACUCCUACAUCUGGCAGUGCGGAGCCUGCUGAGGAACGAGGCCUUGGCCGUCUCUGGUCUGCAGGACUUGCCCAUGGAGCUCUUCCCACCACUCUUCAAGGAGGCCUUCACCCACAAACGGUUUGUGGUCCUGAAGGCGAUGGUGCAAGUCUGCACUUGUCUCCCACUGGGAGGUCUGAUGAAGAUGAAGGUAUCCUACCUGGAGACCUUACAAAUCAUACUGGAUGGGAUUAACAUACUGCUUGACCAGAAGGUUCACCCCAGUAGCCACAAACUGAGAGUUCUGGAUUUGCAUGCUAUGCACAAGGACUUCUGGAACGUGUGGGCUGGGGAUGAGGCAGCUGCCGGCUCUCUAGAAGUCAAGCGUAAGAAGAAAACACAAGACAAAGGUGCAAGGGUAGUGGCCAAGCAGUCGUUGAAGGUGUUUAUAGACAUGUGCCUCAAGCCAAGAGCCCUGGAUGCAUGCAUGUCUUACCUUCUGCUGUGGGUGGAAGGGAGGACAGGCUUGCUGGGCUGUAAGAAGCUGAAGAUCUCCACGAUCGCUCUCCGGAACAUCGUGAAGGUUCUGGAAAUGCUGGACCUGGACUAUAUGGAGGAAGUGGAAGUGUGCUGCACCUGGAAACUGUCCACCCUGGCCAGCUUGGCUCCCUACAUAGGCCAGAUGCGCAGUCUCCGCAAGUUCCUUCUCUCUCAUGUCUGCAUCCCUGUCCCCAUUUCCCUCUAGGAGAAGGGGAAGUUGAUCGACCAGUUUACCUCGCAAUUUCACAACCUGGAGUACCUCCGCGAGCUCUCGUUGGACUCCAUCUCCUUCCUUGAUGGUCAACUGGACCGGUUGCUCAGGUGCCUGAAGGUCCCCUUGGAGACUCUGUCUAUCACUGACUGCCAGCUUUCGGAAUCAGAUUUGAAGUCUCUGACCCAGUGUCCAGGCAUCCGUCAGCUCAAACAUCUGGAUCUAAGUGGUGUCAUACUGACCAACAUAAAUCCCAAGCCCCUCCGAGUCCUGCUAGAGACAGUCGCAGCUACCCUGAAGACCCUGGACCUGGAGAACUGUAGAAUUAUGGACUCCCAGCUCAGUGCCCUCCUGCCUGCCCUGAGCAGCUGCUCCCAGCUCACCACGUUCAACUACUUAAGGAAUCCCAUCUCUGUGGCUCUUCUGGAACGCCUGCUCUGCCACACUGCCAGGCUGAGCCGCUUAACCUUGGAGAUGUAUUCUACCCCGUGGGAGAUUUAUGGUGCCCAGGGUGCUUCACAUAAGAGGCUAGAACAGCUUCGUGAGGAGCUGAGCAGUACAAUGGAGCCCCUGAAACACACCAGGACAGUGUGGUUCAGCAUCAUUCCCUGUCCACCUUGUGGCUACUAA